CCGGCUUGGAGUGGCGAGUCCUGAGAGGCAGGAAGUGCCAAAGUUCUGGAAGUCCUAGAGGCUCAGGGGAAUGAGGCCAAGCCUCCCAAAGGGAGCUGCACCUACCCAGUGACAGAUGGACAGGAGCAGCCAGGGGAAUGGGACAGAGGGAACACAGCGCGUCCUAGGUCAGGGCGUGUCCCUGUACAUUCCCCAGGCAGCCAUCAAUGCCACGGUGGAAGAGGACAUCCUGCUCUCAGUUGCAUACUCCUGCCAUGGCAUCCCCACUAUCGAAUGGAAGUAUACGUCCAACUGGGGAGUGCAGAAGAUCGUGGAGUGGAAGCCAGGGACUCAGGCCAACAUCUCCCAAAGCCACAAGGACAGGGUCUGCACCUUCGACAACGGCUCCAUCCAGCUCUUCAGUGUGGGUGUGAGGGAUUCCGGCUACUACGUCAUCACGGUGACCGAGCGCCUGGGGAGCAGUCAGUUUGGCACCAUCGUGCUGCACGUGUCGGAGAUCCUCUAUGAAGACCUCCACUUUGUCGCUGUCUUCCUUGCUCUUCUCGCUGCCGUGGCUGCAGUGUUAAUCAGCCUCAUGUGGGUUUGUAAUAAGUGUGCGUAUAAAUUCCAGAGGAAGAGAAGACACAAGCUCAAAGAAAGCACAACGGAGGAGAUCGAGCUGCAAGAUGUGGAGUGUUAGCCAAGGCUGGGCCCAGUUACAUUCCUACCUCCAGAGGGAAACGUUAUCUCCUGAUGAAAGGAGCAAACACGGCCAGUCUACCCCAAGCCUCUUGUGCCACACACUGGUUCCUGAUGGGACAGCUGGAUGCUGACAGGGUUCACUGCCUGGAGCUGGACUCUGGAUUGGAUAAAGGCAGUUCCAGUGGCAUGGAGUUCAAAGAGGAGAGGGGUGGAGGCUCUGAGCUAGAGCUGUGCUUGGCUGCGGCUCCCGGGCCUUGUGGACGCAUCAACAGUGGCCCCGUGCAGGCCCUGGCUGCUUCCUCACCACGCUCUGCUCUGGCGGGGGGAUGGCCAUUGGAAGGGUCCCCGUACCAGAGGCCAGAGUAUUUCCGGAUCAAGUGUGCAGCCAGCACCAGAACAAGCUCUCUGUGCUCCGGUCUCCUCUGCCUGUGGCCUCCUCCAGCCCUCUGCUGUGGGAGCUAUCGUGAGAGCUGAGGCAUUAGAGCACCUGCUCAGAGCAGGGAAAGGACCCCCACCCCCUCCGUGGCGUGGAGCUUUAGGGAGAAGAGCUUAAUUUGUUCCACAGGGACCAGCAUUGGGAACAAGGAAUGGGGAGAAAAUUCUCUUUCUCUUUCUCUCUUACUCCAGUGUUAAUUAGAUUUUUCCCUUCUACGGCCCCAGCGUAGGCCAGUGUGAGGAAAACAGUUCAUCUCCACCAUGGGCAGAGUCUGGCUUCCAAAUGGCCCCCUGACAAGCUGGGUGACACUACCUGUGUGAAGGCUGGGCCUGCACGGUGGGAGGGACAACUGGAAAGUCAGCGCGGCCUUCGAAUCUGUCCCCCUCAGCCACUCACACUUCCUGUCGAGUCAGAGCCUUGCUUGCUCCCAACUGGGCUGAGGAACACUUGGCCCGCGCCUACCUCACCCUCAGGGUAUCACGUGAGGCCCACAGUAGCACAGAGCACUCCGAGCAAUGGAAGGAAAGCAUGAGGAAUCUUCCAGAGCCUAGAAAGCAAUAAGCACUCCGCUGCGUCCUGGAAAAUGUAAAAUACCCUGGGGUAUUGGGGCCCCAGGUGAAAGUGGGGACUGGGUCACAGCCGGCCUUGGCCGUUAUUCUCUGAAGUUGUUGGCCACCGCGUUUGCCUGAGUUUCUCCAUCUCAGCUUCCUUUCGGCAAGCUCUAAAGCAGGCAUGAAUUGAUCUUCCAUUCUCUUUUCCCUCUCCAACAUUCUUAGCUACAGAUCAAAGGCACCAUCCCAAUUAUUGGUGGAAUUUGAGCUUAGUAGCUGUGUCCCCAGCCCUCAGCUGCGAAUUUACCCACACAAACAUGAAGGAGAGCUAGAACAUUCUCUUCUCCCUCUCUUCAAGUCCCCAGUGUCCACAUCUUUUCCAGAAGUUACCUGGAGACGUUAGUAGGAGGCUUUUCCCUGAAUACUGAAUCCGGGGUUACAGGAAGGGAUCUUUUGGGGCUAUCAGUGAUCUAGAGCAGAGCUCCAAAGGCAUUACUUGACUCAGAAGGUGAGAGAGCAGUUGAUCUACACGACCGAUUUGUAGCCUAAGUAUGUGACACACACAAGGGUCUCACCUCAGGCCACCUCCUGGACACAUGUGUAAACACACACACCUGCACCCUUUUCCCUGGACAGCAAUCACGGGAACCAGACCUAUGCCAUGAAGGAUGGGUUUCUUAUACUGGUCUCCAGUGCCGCGAAGAAGCAGGAUAAGUGCCAGAGAGGGUCAAGGAUAAUCUGAUCAUUUCUUCGUCCUUUUUCACACCCAUCAGCAGGAAACCGGACUGGAUCUGGGUAGCUGCUAGAGCCUCUGUCCUCUUGACACUACCUGCUUUCCAGAAAUCUACCUCUCAGUUUAUGAGAAGUCAGGGGUGGUCAUCUUUGUAAUAAAAGGAGAAAUGGAAAAGAACACCCAGCGAGAGACACAAACCCAGAUGUAAAUUAAAUCUGUGCCCCGCCCCUGCCCCAAAUCUUCAUGAAAGGUUAUUCCCUCAGCUUUCUGUGUCUUUAUUUUGCACUUUUAAGCUCCCCCCAUCUUGAAUAUUCCUGUGGAAAGUUCUUGAUUCUUGA